AAUUUGCAAUGGUACCAAUACCAAUUUUGCAAUUUCCUCUCAAAAACAAGAUUCUUCAAAUUACUCAAUCUCCUCUGCGUGCCCCCAAAUUUCUGUUCGAAGAUUUAGCUUUCGUAAGCAAUCAACUAGGAUUUACAGCAAUUUCAUCACUAGGUACAGGAAGUAUACGUACGGAAUUUGUGCAUUCUUUGCCAAGUGGUACAAUUCUUUUGACCGGAGUUUUGGUAACUGAGAUUUCUCGAUGAGCUAUAGAGCGAGGUAUCCGCCGCCAGGAAUGGGCGGCGGGAGAGGCGGAGUAAACCCGAAUGUGGGCCCAAACCCUAAUUUUCAACCGAGAAACCCUACGCAGCAGUAUGUGCAAAGGGGUCCGCCGGCGAGUAAUCAGAAUCACCAGUUGUAUCAGAAUCCCCAGCCGCAACAAUGGCCGAGAAGAGCUCAGUUGGCGUCCGCUGGCUCGGACGAGGUGGAAAAGUCUGUUCAAUCAGAAGCCACUGAUUCCAGUUCGCAAGAUUGGAAGACACGCUUGAAGUUACCACCCCAGGACACCCGUUACAGAACUGAGGAUGUUACAGCUACCAAAGGAAAUGAAUUUGAAGACUACUUUCUGAAGCGUGAGUUGCUUAUGGGAAUUUAUGAGAAGGGUUUUGAGAGUCCGUCUCCCAUCCAGGAGGAGAGUAUCCCUAUUGCUCUAACUGGAAGUGAUAUUUUGGCUCGGGCUAAGAAUGGAACGGGAAAAACUGCUGCAUUUUGCAUUCCAGCAUUGGAGAAAAUUGAUCAAGAUAAAAAUUCUAUUCAAGUUGUUAUUCUUGUCCCAACCAGAGAAUUAGCACUUCAAACAUCACAAGUUUGUAAAGAACUUGGGAAACACUUAAAAAUUCAAGUUAUGGCUACUACUGGAGGAACUAGCCUGAAAGAUGAUAUAAUGCGCCUUUAUCAACCAGUUCAUUUACUUGUUGGGACACCUGGAAGAAUUCUUGAUCUUGCGAGGAAGGGCAUUUGCAUUUUGAACGAAUGUUCUAUACUUGUAAUGGACGAGGCUGAUAAGCUUUUGUCGCCAGAGUUCCAACCUUCUAUAGAGCAGUUAAUUCGAUUUUUACCUGCAAACCGUCAGAUCCUUAUGUUUUCAGCUACAUUUCCUGUUACGGUGAAAGAUUUUAAAGAUCGAUACCUGCAAAAACCCUAUAUCAUAAACCUUAUGGAUGAGCUUACCCUGAAGGGUAUAACCCAGUUUUAUGCGUUUGUUGAAGAAAGACAGAAAGUUCACUGCCUCAACACUCUAUUUUCAAAGCUUCAAAUAAACCAAUCUAUUAUUUUCUGCAAUUCUGUGAAUCGAGUUGAACUUCUUGCCAAGAAAAUCACGGAAAUUGGCUAUUCUUGCUUCUAUAUUCAUGCUAAGAUGCUUCAAGAUCAUCGCAACAGAGUAUUUCACGACUUCCGUAACGGUGCCUGCAGGAAUCUUGUCUGCACUGACUUGUUCACAAGAGGGAUCGAUAUUCAGGCAGUUAACGUUGUUAUCAAUUUUGAUUUUCCCAAGAAUUCAGAAACUUACUUACACAGGGUUGGUAGAUCCGGAAGGUUCGGACACCUUGGUUUAGCUGUGAAUCUGAUCACCUAUGAGGAUCGUUUCAACCUGUAUAGGAUCGAACAAGAACUAGGAACAGAGAUCAAGCAGAUUCCUCCGCAUAUAGAUCAAGCAAUUUACUGCCAUUGAUCUGUAAUGACUGCAAAAUACUUUGUCUAUGGACUCGUAACACUGUUAAACUGAAAUAUCAACCGAAGGCGUCCUUAUAAAGCCAUUACAAAGUUUGUGUCAAUUGUCAGCAAGAAAGAUAUGCAAACGAGUAACUGAAAUAUGUAUGAAAUCAUUUGCUGGGAUCGUAAAGCAAAGCUACCUUGGUAGAGCAUUCCAUUUUAGGCAUGUCUCCUCUUAUGAAGUCCUUUAUUUUUUUGUUUCUUUCAUGAAGCAAAUGCCAAAAAGUUUAGAUGAUUUGCCAGUUCAACCAGAUGAGUGCAGUGUAUUAAACCAUUUUAGAUGUGGCAAACAUGUGGAGGCUUAGAAAAAAUGUGUGAAUAUGAUGUUUUAUUCAGAACACAGUUGACACAAUUAAGGUACAAUUAUAGUAAUUGCGCGUUUCUUUUUUUAGUGAUCAACAUCGCAUUUCUUAUUAAAGAAACAUUGACGCCUGUGGAAGACAUUCGAGGAUUGAACGUGAGGAUUUUUAUGAAAUCAUGGUUUUGAUUGUGAAAAGGCAUUAUAGUUGAGAUGAUGAGUCUUUUGAUGCCAAAAUUCUCAAGAUAUUGGCAUUCAUUGCUAUUGGACUCAGAAAGAUAUAGAAUCGCCUUUGGGAUUUUGUAUUCUGUUGCUUUUAGGUAAUGGCUUUUCCAUAUUUUCUGUUAGGGUUAAGCCAAGCUAAUCUGUCUGCCUUUGCCUUUCUGUAUGUUGUUAUUUGCAAAGAACAUGUAUGGUUCCUUUGCUACUUUCUAUAGCUGAGUAUCAAUGUGGGCUAUUCUACUUAGUUUGGUCGAAAGGUAUGAACAUUUUCACGAUCGACUAAUUGAUCAUUACUUUAACCUGACAAUUAGGACUCACUGCAAUUUGCUCAAAUAUCACAUGUUUCAAUGCUAUUUUGCAAAUUCAGCCAUUAUUUUAGCAAGGAGAAAUUGUGAAAAGGAAUCUUCUUUCUGUAGAUGGCGCAGUUGUUGCUGUACAAUUCUUUAUUCCGUUAAAAACUAUCUAUGCUCAAAUUUCUUGAAAUCAAAGUAAAAUAUAUAUGUUUGUAACUCAGUUUUUCUUGGUAAAAGUAGGAUUUUUUUUUUUUUUCUUGAGCUAUAAUUGAGGUGAUAGGAACUUGACGUGUGGUGGCAUAUGGGCGUGUUGAUCCUGAUAGAGGAAUGGCCGUUUUUGGAUAAAUGGUGGUUGGGGUUGGGACCUUUUUAUUUUUCAUUAUUAUUUUUUUUUUCCUUUUUGGUUAAAGAAAGCGAGCGAGUUAAGGUUAAUUUGUUUGAAUUGAUGAAAUUUUAAUCAUCCAUUCCCUAACCUAAAAGUUGUAAUAUGAAUAUAGUUGUUCAACCAAACCGUUCGAGAGCUGGGCUCAGUUCGUUCACAGAUGAGCAAAGCAUGAACUCGUUUAAAGCUUGAUUCAAUAACAAGUCGGGCUCGGUUUGGAUUGUUAAGGUUUGAAAGGAGGAACUUUUAAUAAAUGUUUAUAACUCUGCUAAUUAAGGCUCGAGCUUGGAGUUAAAAUUCGAACUCGGAGUUUUAUUAUUGACUCUCUAAGUUCACUAGCAGAGUUGAGCUAAGCUCAUUAAAGGCUUUAGCUUGAGUUCCGUUCGGUUUAUCUGCACCCUUGCAUAGGAAUAAUGGUCUGGUUAAAAUAAAUUAACAUUGUUAGAGGGCUUAAUAUGCCUCCCAAGUAAGAACAUUCAAUUUUUUAAGAACAAUUUCGAGCAAAAUUGAAUUUUUUAGCAAAAUGUUGGAUCUAUGUUUGCAAAACUGUAUUUACAUUU